UUGGCUGAACUACUUCCGGCUUCCUGUUGUUCAUUCACGCACGUGAAGGUCAGCAAAAAGCAGCCUCCCGGCUCUGGUAACUAGAAUAAACAUCGUUACAUCGACGUUUUUUAGAAGCCAUGGACGGCCAAGGAGCGACAGCUGACCCUCAGCUUCAACAUUUCAUCGAAAUCGAGUCUCAGAAGCAGCGAUUUCAGCAGCUGGUGCAUCAGAUGACUGAGGUUUGCUGGGAAAAAUGCAUGGAUAAACCGGGGCCCAAGAUGGAUUCCAGGACAGAAAUGUGUUUCGUUAACUGCGUGGAGCGGUUUAUAGACACCAGCCAGUUCAUCCUGAACAGACUGGAACAGACUCAGAAGACCAGGGGGGGAUUCUCCGAGACGAUGUUGGACUAAAAACUGUGACUGGAAGUUUCAGGAGAAAAGACCCUUGUCCUGCACUCGCUGGGAACGGCAUCUGAUGGCGACACAGCUGUCUGUACAGUAAACUGAGGAGGAGUCCAGUCAGCUGGGAAACAAAACAACUACAAGCGUCACCUUUGAAACAAGUGCCUGAGAUUAAAACCAUGUACGUGUAAAGGUUUAGGGUUUUAUUUGGUGUCUGCAGGAAGAUGAGUGUUGCAAACUGUUAAGAUGCUGGUGGAUUUUUGGCCCUGUCAGCUCAUUAUUCAUGUAGGCGAAUGUGUGGAGAUGUUCUUCGGCUACAUGGACUACACCAGGAACUGGUGUUGGUAAAAAAAACACCCUGCAAUUUCCUGACUGAAGAACUGCAGUCAACAGACCGGACUGUAAAUAUGCAAUAAACAAAAUGCCAAAUAAGUAUGUCCCUUGUUUUAACAAAAAAUUAAAUAAAUGCUUUUACAGUGGAUAUAAAUUAUGCACACCCUU